AUGAGGUUCGUCCAAUAUAUCCCGACUGGAAUUCCAAACGAAGAUGGCGAGUUCCCGGGAAGGAACUAUACAGUUGGAAAGGUCAUACAACAACUCUAUGAUAUUAGGAAAGCUUCAAACCCCAAACUUGCAAUGACAAUCAAAUUGCUUAUGAAUUCGACAUGGGGGUAUUCCAUUAAAAAACCUCAAAAGAUGAAGAGUAAACACUAUGAGAAGGUCGACAACUUUGUUGAAAGGUUCUCCCCUUUUGUUUUGAAAUAUGAAUUUACUCAAGGUCAAAAUGGCUUAGUAACCACAGUAAAACCUAUUGUCGAACAUUGGUCCUAUCCUCAGUUCGCAAAGGCAGUCCUUGACAACUACAACAAAUUCUUCUCGGAAGUUAAAUCCAAAGUGAAGGUAUACUACGAGAACAUCGAUGCACUCAUGACGAACGAGGAAGGCUAUAACAAACUCAUUGAAAUGGGUUUAGUCGGUGAAAAGAUGGGCCUUUUUAAGCUAGACAAGGUAUUUUCCGAAGUUCAUGUAAUAUCGAAAAGGAAGUACUGGGGUGUUAAAGAAGAUGGUGAAAUAGUUAAACAUUGCAUGAAAUAA